UCCAAUGAGGGAGGUCUAUGCAGUCGUCGUCGCUCGGUAAACCAAGUUCGGUCGACGGGUUUCGCGACGCGCGUCCUUUUGUCUUUGGUGAUCUAGCGCUCGAUCGACUGCUCCGAUCAUGUUGUGACGGAUGCACGGACGUGUAUCGCCAACGCGUCGCGUCUGCAACUACUUUCCGACACCGCGAGGAUGUAUACGCGAUAGGGAACGUUAUUUCCGUAAACUCCGAGAUCGCAGCCUCGUCGACUCCGAGCAACAGAUGUGACCAUCGUACGCGUCUCGUUCUUUAUAUUUAGUUAACCAAGAUUUUCUCAGUUGGUAACUCGCACCCGAUUCGGAUAUCUACAGUGUUGUGCUCCGUAUCAAGAAACGUAAUAACAAUAACAACAGUUAGAACGCAUGACGAAUGCAUUCCUCAGAUACAAUUGACAGGAGAUAAAAACCAUUUAAAUGGUCAAAACUCGUAGAUAAUACUAGAUGUUCAAGAAAAAAUUAAUCUUGUGAGAAAUAUACAUUUGCGUCAUUAGAAAAUUGUUUAAAGACUUACCUGGGCACUUUAAGGGCACCGAAUUGUAUACGAGGAGUAAAAAGCAUAGGACAGAGAAUUCCUUUGUCCUUUGAAGCAGCGCGGAAAAGAAAAAGAAGGAGAGAAGUCGAAAGUGAAGAAGAGAGAAAAAGAGAGAACGACCUGAACGGAGCAACACGCGGUCGAGUUUCUAUCUUGGAGUGUACCUGUGCCGCAGGAACAGGACGGCGAGUGAAUCGAGAGAGAGAGAGAGAGAGAGAGAGAGAGAGAGAGAGAAAGAGAAAGAGAAAGGAGAAGAGAGACGCUUUACACGCCGGUGAACGGUCGUCGUCGUAGUCGUUGCCAGCGGCAAAGGGCAACAACCACGCUGCGGCCCGGAGUUUCUACCUCCUUCUACUCAAGGCCAGGGCAUCGUGGCCCACGCGGUCCUUUGUAAGCUUCGUCAAGGCCCGGAUUAGACGUGCCAGAGUGACGGCUGUUGUGCGCGAAAUGCACCGAAAUUGGCGACGGUAGAACAGACCGCGAGAAUCGUAUCUUGACAGAUCGAAAGAGUGAGAGAAAGAAAGAAGGAACGUGAAGAAUAUAGUGAAAAGUGUUGUUUAUUUUUCCUGUGACCAUGCAAAGGCAGAGGCUACUACCGGACGCCGUGACAACGAUGGUUAGGGCAGCUGUUCUCGCAGCUGUCCUGGGACAACUUUUAGGUCCCAGCGUGGCCAGCAGGCCAACCGGUGCUCACCCCGGACACGCAUAUUUCGAACAACCGUGCUGCGGACGUUCUCACCUCAGGCAUCAUAAAGAACACGUGCGGGAAUUCAGCUGCGGCAUGCUGUACUACAGGACGCUCUACCUGGACAGUAAGAGGGAUGCCCUAUACGUCGGAGCUAUGGACAAAAUCUUCAGGCUAAAUCUGAGUAACAUCAGUCAUUCCAAUUGCGAGAGAGACGCUCUGAAUCUGGAACCCAGCAAUGUGGCAAAUUGCGUAUCCAAAGGCAAAUCAGAGCAUUUCGAUUGCCGAAACCAUAUACGAGUGAUACAGCCGAUGGGAGAUGGCAAUCGCCUUUAUAUGUGCGGUACGAACGCACAUUCACCUAAGGAUUGGGUGAUUUAUAGCAAUUUGACUCACUUACCGCGCCACGAGUUUGUCCCGGGAGUGGGAAUGGGCAUCGCGAAGUGCCCUUAUGACCCUGCGGACAAUUCGACGGCGGUUUGGGUCGAGAAGGGCAAUCCCGGAGACCUGCCAGCUCUUUAUUCCGGCACGAACGCCGAGUUUACCAAAGCCGAUACCGUAAUCUUCCGCACGGAUCUCUACAAUCUGACUACCGGUCGUAAGACGUACAGCUUCAAGAGGACACUCAAGUACGACUCCAAGUGGCUCGACAAACCGAACUUCGUGGGUUCGUUCGACAUCGGCAGCCACGUGUUCUUCUUUUUCCGCGAGACCGCGGUCGAAUACAUAAACUGUGGUAAAAGUGUGUAUUCCCGCGUGGCGAGAGUUUGCAAGAGGGACACUGGCGGUAAAAAUAUACUCUCGCAGAAUUGGGCCACAUACCUCAAGGCCAGAUUGAAUUGCUCGAUACCCGGCGAGUUCCCGUUUUAUUUCAACGAAAUACAGAGCAUUUACAAGGUGCCGGGUGACGAUACGCAUUUCUAUGGUACCUUUACUACAUCGACGAACGGGUUAAUGGGUUCCGCGAUAUGUUCCUUCCACAUUGACGCCAUCCAAGAGGCUUUCCGCGGAAAAUUCAAAGAGCAAGCAACUAGCAGUAGCGCGUGGCUACCAGUCUUGUCCAACAAGGUUCCGGAGCCGCGCCCGGGCCAAUGCGUCAACGACACAGAGACAUUGCCGGACACCGUCCUGAAUUUCAUAAGAUCCCAUCCACUGAUGGACUCCGCGAUUUCGCACGAGAACGAGAAACCGGUCUUCUACAAGCGGGACGUCAUGCUCACGCGACUGGUUGUCGAUAAGCUGCGCAUCGACUUCGUGGGCAUCGAUUUGGAUUAUACUGUCUACUACGCCGGCUCUAGUGAUGGCCGCGUUCACAAGGUUGUACAGUGGAUCGACAGUAAUGGCGAAUCCCAGUCGAUCUUGCUGGAUGUUUUCGAUGUCACGCCUGGCGAGCCGAUACAGGCGAUGGAGAUCUCGAAGGAACAUAAGGCUCUCUACGUGGCGUCGGAUCAUCGGAUAAAACAGAUCGAUCUAGUAAUGUGCACUCGACGAUACGACAACUGCCUGCGAUGCGUCCACGAUCCUUACUGUGGAUGGGAUAAAGAUUCAAACACAUGUAAACCUUACGAACCAGGUCUUCUCCAAGACGUGUCGAACACCACGGCAGACGUUUGCGACAGCAGCGUCGGCAAACGGAAACUGGUUGUCACGUGGGGCCAAUCGGUGCAUCUGGGUUGCUUCGUGAAGAUGCCGGAAGUCCUGGCGAACCAGGAGGUGCGGUGGUACCAUUACAGUAAGGAGAAGGGAAGAUAUCAAAUCGCGUACAAAUACGGCGCCGGCGGCGACAAAUUCAUCGAGACCUCGGAGAAGGGUCUGGUAAUCGUCGGCGUGAACGAGCAGGACGCCGGCAGAUACGACUGUUGGCUCGGUGGUGCUCUCUUGUGUUCGUACAACAUCACUGUGGACGCGCACAGAUGUUCGGCGCCUGCCAAAUCCAACGACUACCAGAAGAUUUAUUCCGACUGGUGUCACGAGUUCGAGAAGUACAAGUCGGCGAUGAAGAGCUGGGAAAGAAAGCAAGCGCAAUGCGCCUCGAGGCAGAACGACAGCAAUCAGAAUUUACACACGAACGAGGUGUACGGCACGCCCCUCGUCUGAUGGAGCCGAUCAUUGGGUCCCUCGUCGAAUCGAGAUUACGAUGACACGAUGAUACGCAUAAGCGU